GACCCAGAGUUCUCGCGCGUCAAGGAUGCUGUGUCGAUUCAGAUCUUCAAGAUCCAGAGCAACGUGCAGGGUAUCCAGCGGUUGAUUGACAAGCUGGGGACCAAUGCCGAUGGGCCGGCUGUGCGGACGUCGCUCCACAACCUGACAGAGUCCACCCGCGACAUGGUCAAGAAGAGCACGGAUGAGAUCAAGGCGCUCACAGCAUUCCCUUCUGGCGGGGAGGGACAGGCGCAGCGCAAGGCGAUCCAGUCCAAGCUGUCGCGCGAGUACACCUCGGCCCUCCAGGGUUUCCAGCGCGUGCAGCGCCUCAGCGCGGAGCGGCAACGGAGCACGGUCGAGGUGCAGAAGCGCGCGGUCGAUGGCACCUCACGGUUAGCUCACCCCAGCAACGAGGACCGCGACAGCGUCGAGCUCGAGCGCGUGCAGCUGCAGACGCAAGCGACGGCGCCGCAGAUCACGCAGUCCGAGCUCGAGUUCCAGGAGCAGUUGAUUGCGGAGCGCGAGGGCGAGAUUCGCGAGAUUGAGAGCGGAAUACACGAGCUCAACGACAUCUUCCGCGACCUCGGUGCGAUCGUGCAGGAGCAGGGAGGGCUGAUUGACAACAUCGAGAGCAACAUCGUCAACGUCCACGCACACACGACGUCGGCCGCCGAGGAACUGACCUCGGCGCACGAAUACCAGCGCAAGGCCGGACGCCGUAUGGCGUGCCUGCUAAUUAUCCUGGCCAUUGUCGCCCUCUUCAUCCUCCUCGCGAUU